GGUUCAGCUGUCAAUCAUAUAUGGGUCCAAUAUGGACGACCUGAUAAUGCAGCAAAGCCCGUGUUAGGACUGGAGGGGGCCAGAAUAGAACAAGAAAAACUUGCAAGGUUUGGUGUGGUUGCAGCCAGGAGAGAAGACGUCAAUAUGCCUACGCCGUAUUUUACCCUGGAUGCCCAACUGAGGUUCCACGACAAAUGGCUGAAGAUAGACCUGCAGCGAGUGUUUUCUCCAGAAGGGCUGAGUGAGAUGUGGAAUGAGAUGGUGAAGGAUGAAGAGAUCACUUUCAAUGGAGAAGAAUCGUCUCACCCAGAAGACUGCACUGAUUGCUUCGGUACUCAGAAGAAGGAUGAAUCCAACGAUAAAGAGAAGAAGGAAGAGGAAGUGUCCACAUCUGUCCAUCACUCCAUCAUCGAGACAUGGGACUGGGGGCGGCAGCCAGAUGAGACGGAGCUGAAGGACUGUCUGAUGGUGCUGGUAGAUGACCAACAGAAACUAUCGGCUCAGAUGGCCAAGAGCACGCUGUCCGCCCUGCGUCUACGCCAGCGCCUGGUCAUCCUAGAGAGAUACCUCAUAUCCCUGAGCCACAGCAUGAUGGAAGAGAAGUACAAGGUCCGGUGGAAGAGCCCCCCCAGCCCCCCUCCACCCAUCGUAGACAACAAGAGCCCCCGGCCAGCCAGCAAGGGUGUGGAGGGUCUGGCCAGAGUCGGCUCCAGAGCAGCUCUCUCCUUCGCCUUUGCCUUCCUACGACGAGCCUGGAGGUCUGGUGACGACGCGGACCUGUGCAGUGAGCUGCUCCAGGAGUCCCUGGACGCUCUGCGGGCCCUCCCAGAAGCCACUCUGUUUGACGAGGGCACCGUGUCGUCUGUCUGGCUAGAGGUCGUGGAGAGAGCCACCAAGUUCCUCAGUGACGUCCAUGGAAGUGGUAGUACCAAAGGCAGCAUCCCACUACAGGACCAACACCUGGCCUUGGCCAUCCUGCUGGAGCUGGCAGUACAGAGGGGCACUCUGAGCCAGCUGCUGUCUGCUGUCCUGCUACUGCUGCGUUUGUGGGACAGUGGGACCAGGGAGAUGGACAAUGAGCGCUCCACCCAGGGGACCAGCGCCCCCCUCCUCCCCCUCCUGCAGCGCUUUCAAAACAUCCACAGCAGCAAGGAGGAACCCAGCCCCGACGAGGAGAUGGAGAUCCUGGGGGCCCCUCUGAGUCCCAAUGAGAGUUUCCUGCGCUACCUGACGCUGCCCCAGGACAAUGACUUGGCUAUCGACCUGAGACAGACGGCUGUGGUCAUCAUGGCUCACCUGGACCGCCUGGCCGCCCCCUGCUCCCCUUCGCACUGCAGCUCCCCUACCUCCCACAAGGGCACUCUGCAGGAGGUGAUUGGCUGGGGGUUGCUAGGCUGGAAGCUGUAUGCCAACGUGAACGGGCCUGUGCAGUGCAAGGCCCUGUCGGGCCUGGGGGUUUCCCAGAUAGUCUGUUCCGAGAAGGGCUUCCUCAUCCUGGCCAGCAGCGGAGCCGUCUACACACAGAACUACAAGAGCACCACACUGGCUCCCAUGCUGGUCCAUGCCCUGACCUCCAGGAAGAUAGUGAAGCUGGCAGCUCAUCCAGACGGACAGCACUACCUGGCCCUGUCGGCCAACGGAGAGGUCUUCUCCUGGGGCUGUGGAGACGGGGGCCGCCUGGGCCAUGGAGACACCACGUAUCUGGAGGAGCCAGCAGUGAUCACAGCGUUCACAGGGAAGCAGACAGGGAAGAAUGUGGUGCAGGUAGCCUGUGGGAGCACCUACAGCGCUGCUAUCACAGCUGAUGGAGAGCUGUAUACCUGGGGCAGAGGCAACUACGGACGGCUGGGACACGGGUCCAGUGAAGACCAGACUAUUCCCAUGCUGGUGACCGCUCUAAAGGGACUGAAGGUGCUGGAUGUGGCCUGUGGCAGUGGAGACGCACAGACCCUGGCUGUCACGGAGAACGGUCAGGUGUGGUCGUGGGGGGAUGGGGACUAUGGGAAGCUGGGUCGUGGAGGCAGCGACGGCUGUAAGACCCCAAAGCUGGUGGAGAAGCUUCAGGACCUGGAUAUAGUGAAGGUGUGCUGUGGGAGUCAGUUCUCUGUAGCACAGACCAAGGAUGGUCAGGUGUACACCUGGGGGAAGGGAGACAACCAGCGCCUCGGCCACGGCACCGAGGAACAUGUCCGUUACCCCAAACUGCUGGACAGUCUACAAGGGAAGAAAGUGGUGGACAUCGCGGUCGGCUCCACUCACUGUCUGGCGCUGACUGAUGAAGGAGAGGUCCACAGCUGGGGCAGCAACGACAAGCUACAGCACUUUGAUACCUUGUUCUCCAACAAGAAGCAGCCCAAGGCUCUGCCAGGCCUCAACUCCAAACACAUAGUGGGCAUCUCCUGUGGGCCAGGACAGAGCUUUGCUUGGUCGUCCUGUUCAGAGUGGUCUGUGGGGCAGCGCGUGCCCUUCGUAGUGGACGUGUGCCCUGUGACCUUUGAGCAGCUGGACCUGCUCUUGCGGCAGGUGAGCGAGGGCAUGGACGGCUCUUCUGAUUGGCCCCCACCGCAGGAGAAGGAGUGCAUGGUGGUUGCCUCCCUUAACCUGCUCAGGCUACAGCUCCAUGCAGCCAUCAGUAACCAGAUGGACCCCGAGGAGUUGGGUCUGGGUCUGGGCAGCGGGCUGCUCAACAACCUGAAGCAGACCGUGGUGACGCUCGCCUCCAACGCUGGCGUCCUCAACACCGUCCAGGCAGCUGCCCAGGCCGUGCUACAGAGUGGUUGGUCAGUGCUGCUCCCUACUGCAGAGGAGAGGGCCAGGGCUCUGUCCUCACUACUACCCAACACCGCAUCUGGUAACGAGAUGAGCGUUAGUCCUGGACGUCGCUUCAUGAUCGACCUGUUGGUCAGCAGUCUGAUGGCGGACGGAGGGCUGGAGUCUGCUCUCAAUGCUGCCAUCACAGCUGAGCUACAGGACAUAGAGGCAAAGAAGGAGGCCCAGAAAGAGAAGGAGGUCGAUGAGCAGGAGGCCAAUGCCUCCACCAUGCUGCGCUGCCGCACCACCCUGGACAAAGACCUCAUCAACACCGGCAUAUACGAGUCCGCUGGGAAACAGAGCCUUCCUCUGGUCCAGCUCGUACAGCAGCUACUGAGGAACAUCGCCUCUCAGACCAUCGUUCGACUGAAGGACGUGGCCCGGAGGAUAUCUAGCGGGGUCGACACGGAGCGCGUUAGUAAAGAACGCUCGGCCUCCCUCGACCUGUUGCUGCGCUUCCAGAGGCUGCUGGUCAGCAAACUCUACCUGGGGGUCAACGGCCCCGAAAACACCAACGGAUACAAUCCAGAGCUGCUGGGUGUGGGGUCCCUGUUGAAGAAGUACAUCGCCCUACUGUGUACUCACAUUGGAGACAUCCUCCCUGUGGCUACCAGCAUAGCCUUCACCGGACACAGACACUUCAAUGAAGUUUCUCGGGUCAUCGAGGGUGACCUCACUGGUGUUCUCCUCCCUGAGCUGGUGGUGUCCAUCGUGUUGCUGCUGACUAUGGACGCCGGCCUGAUGCAGGAGACCGGCUCCAUCCCUCUGCUGACUGGGCUGCUGGAGCACCUGGACCGCUUCAACCACCUGGCGCCUGGACACGAGAGGGACGACAACGAAGACCUGGCCUGGCCCGGCAUCAUGGGCUCGUUCUUCACAGGGCAGAGCUCGAAGAACAAUGAGGAGAUGUCUCUGAUCCGCAAGGCCGACCUGGAGAACCACAACAAAGAUGGCGGCUUCUGGACCGUCGUCGACGGGAAAGUCUACGACAUCAAAGACUUCCAGGCCCAGUCGCUCACUGGGAACAGCAUUCUGGCCCAGUUUACAGGAGAAGACCCUGUUGUUGCGUUGGAAGCAGCCCUGCAGUUUGAGAACACCAGGGUGUCUAUGCAGGCUUUCUGUGUUGGACAGUACAUAGAGCCCAACCAGGAGACAGUGACCACCCCAGACCUGAGCAGCCUGUGCUCCCCCCUCAUCGACACAGAGAGGAACCUGGGACUCCUGCUGGGCCUCCACGCCUCUUACCUGGCCAACAGCACCCCCCUGUCACCCAUGGAGAUAGAAUGUGCCAAAUGGCUCCAGUCGUCCAUCUUCCAAGGUGGUCUGCAGACCAGUCAGAUCCACUACAACUACAACGAGGAGAAGGAUGAGGACCACUGCUGGUUGCCGGGAACACCAGAUAAGAUGUACUCCCGCUGGCUCACCCUCAGCGACCAUGCCCAGCCCUUCUUACAGGCUAUCGCUGACAACACCACUCAGGACCACACUGUGAAGGACUUCCUGUGCCAAAUGGAGAGGUGCUGUAAACAGUACCACCUCAUCACGCCCAUCACCUUCCCCCUGGAGCACCCUGUGGAGGAAGUAGGCCGACUGCUUCUCUGCUGCCUGCUCAAACACCAGGACCUCGGUCACAUCGCCCUUUCACUCGUCAACCAAUGUGCCUUGGGCGUGGAGCAGGGGAAGCAGAGGUCCCUGCCCAGAUCUGUGAUUGACGUGUGUCGCAUGGUGUACCAGGCUAAGUGCUCUUUAAUCAAGACCCACCAGGAGCAGGGUCGUAGUUAUAAGGAGGUCUGUGCUCCUGUCAUCGAGAGGCUGCGCUUCCUGUUCAACGAGCUGCGUCCUGCCGUGAGCAGCGACCUCUCCAUCGUGUCCAAGCUGAAGCUGCUCAGCGCCCAGCCGCGCUGGAAGAGGAUCACACAGAAGCUCAUCAGAGACUGCAGGAAGAAGAGAGUGCCUAAGAAGUCUGAGUCGGCAGACGUAGUAGAGGAGCCGAAACUGGAGAAUGAAGGGACCAAUGAGGAGGAGCUCUGUGUCCCCAUAAGCCCCGCCCCCACAGACAGAAAACCACCCACCAACAAGACACCCAAGCAGGAUAGGCUGGCUCCUCUCCUCAACACGGUCGCUCACGUCCAGAAGUUUAAGUGGCUGAAGCACAGUGUCCAGGGAGUCUUCUCUACCUCCAGCCUCAUGGGGACCAUCGUAGAGUUCGCUCUGAAGGAGGAGCCACUCGACGUGGAGAAGAUGAGGAAGUGUCUUCUCAAACAGUUGGAGCGCGCUGAGGUUCGGCUGGAGGGCAUUGACACCAUGCUGAAGCUGGCCUCUAAGAGCUUCUUGCUGCCCUCUGUCCAGUAUGCCAUGCUGUGUGGCUGGCAGAGGGUCAUACCUGAGGGGACCAACAUCGGGGAGCCGCUGUCUGACUGUCUGAAAGACGUUGGUCUGAUCCCUCCCUUCAACCGCAUGCUGUUAGAGGUCACCUUCGGGAAGCUCUACUCCUGGUCCAUCCAGAACCUACGCAACAUCCUGCUGGAGGCCAGCGGCAGCUUUAAUCAACUGGGUGUACAGCCCGUCCCUCUCCAGACCAUUACCAAUGAGAACCCGGCCGGCCCCAGUCUGGGCACCAUCCCUCAGGCCCGUUUCCUUCUCUCCAUGCUCCACAUGCUGUCUCUGAAACACGGGGCCAACAGCCUCGCUCUGCUGCUUAACUCUGGAACUCUGGCUCUCACACAGAGCAUCCUCCGACUCAUCGGCCCCAGUACAGACAGCAGUGAGGAGGAGCUGGGGUCGAGAGGUCACGGGGGGUCAGCUACGGUACUGGAGGAGAGUCGGAAGGAGGCGACCCUCACUCCCCUGCCCGCCUCAGGGCCUGAACUUGCUGCCAUGAUGAAGAUCGGAACCAGAGUGAUGAGAGGACUGGACUGGAAGUGGGGAGAUCAGGACGGUCCUGCGCCGGGUCUGGGCCGGGUGAUAGGGGAGCUGGGUGAGGAUGGGUGGAUUAGGGUCCAGUGGGAUACCAGCAGUACCAACUCCUACAGGAUGGGGAAGGAGGGAAAAUACGACCUGAAACUGUCAGAGCCCCCGCCUGCCUCCCAGCCUGCUACUGAAGACUCUGACACCGAGGAUGACACUGAAGGAGAGGUGCUGGAUAAGAGUGCCCACCCUACAGCCAUGCUGUUAACCAGCACAGUGAACCUGUUGAAGACCCUGUCUCUGUCUGCUGGGAUCUACUCCGAGGUGAUGCAGACAGACGCCACACGGACCCUCUGUGGUCUUCUCCGCAUGCUGGUGGAGAGUGGAGCCAAUGAUAAGACCGGUUGUCCAUCUCACCGGCUGGUGUCCAGGGAGCAGCAUCGUAGCUGGUGUACUCUGGGUUUCAUCCGCAGCGUGGCCCUCCAGCCUCAGAUGUGUUCUUCUCUCAGUACUUCGGCCUGGAUCGGUCUGCUGAUCCGCAUCGUAGAGGGACAACAGUCCUGUAAUGCUGUUACUCUGCAGAGACAGAUCCUGGCUCUGCGUCUGCUGCAGGCCGUGCUCCCCUCCUGGGACAAGAUGGAGAGAUCUCAGGACAUGAAGUUCCUGGUGGAAAAACUCUUUGGUUUCCUGGGUUGUCUACUACGCUCCUGCUCCUCUGACCUGCCCCUGCUCAGAGAGGGCUCUCUGAGACGCAGGAAGUCCCGACCCCAGGCCUCCCUGACAGCCAGUCACAGCAGUACACUGGCUGAGGAGAUAGUUGCUGUGCUGCGCACGCUGCACUCCCUGGGCCAAUGGAACGCUCUGCUCAACGACUAUAUCAACUGUCAACUCAGCUGUAUAGGAGAUGUGAUGGCCGGACGACACUCUGACACGACUCUCCUGGAGGAGUACUUUCCUGCCUCGGAGGGCCCCAGGGUGGGUAGUCUGAUGGCCGUGCUGGCUGUGAUCGGGGGCAUUGACGGGAGGCUGAGGCUGGGUGGACAGGUCAUCCAUGAGGAGUAUGGAGAGGGAACGGUCACACGCAUCACACCUAAAGGACGAAUCACAGUGCAGUUUCAUGAGAUGAGGACAUGUCGGGUCUGCCUGCUCAGCCAACUCAAACCACUGCCAGUAGUAUCGUUCAGUGUUCAGAACCUUCCCUUCUCUGACUCCAUGUUGGUUGUCUGGGCUCAACUGGUUAACCUGGCCGGCAGCAAGCUGGAGAAACAUCGCCUGAAGAAGUCUCUCAGCCGCGGACUCACAGCUGACCAGGUCGAUGUUGGCCUCUUGCGGUGCCAGCAGCUGAGACUGUACAUUCUGAAGGCAGCCAGGACCCUCCUCUCACACCAGGACAAACUACGACAGAUCCUCUCACAGGCUGCCGUGCUGGAUCUCCCACCCACCUCUGGUGAGGAGCCUACUGCUGUGUCUCCAGACGUGGGUGACCUGUCUCCUGAAGGUCCCCUGCCUCCCCUUAUCCUCCUCCAGCAGCUCCUUUCUGCAGCCACACAGCCCUCACCUAUCAAGGCCAUCUUCAACAGGCAGGAACUGGAGACUGCAGCCCUAGCAGUGUGUCAGUACCUGGCGGUGGAGUCCACCCACCCCUCCUCCCCACUGUUUGAGAGCAGUAGCUCCAGUGAGGCCACUACCCCUGUCACCGUGCAGCACGUCAAGGUCCCUAAACAGAAGAAGCAGAAGGCCUCUCCCGUUCCCCCGCUGCCCAUUGUACUACAGCUGAUGGAAAUGGGUUUCCAUAGGAACAAUAUAGAGUUUUCCCUCAAGUCUCUGUCUGGGACCGGCAGCGCCUCUGGGGUACCAGGUGUGGAGUCUUUAGUGGCCUGGUUGCUGGACCAUCCUGAUGUCCAGGUGACAGAGCUGUCUGAUGUUGACACGGUGUCUGAUGACUACUCUGAGGAGGAGCUGGAGGAGGAGCCGGAGGAGGAGCUGGAGGAGCAGGCUCCCACAGCCUUCCCAGUGCCUCCUGGUGCAGUGGUGACGGAGACUCAGACCUUUAAGAACCAAUCAGAUUUCCAGAGCAACGAUGACUAUGCUGUUUACAUCAGAGAGAACAUUCAGGUGGGCAUGAUGGUGAAGUGCUGUAGAACGUAUGAGGAAGUGUACGAGGGAGACGUUGGGAAGGUAAUUAAACUGGACAGAGAUGGACUCCAUGACCUGAAUGUCCAGUGUGACUGGCAGCAGAAAGGCGGGACCUACUGGGUCCGCUAUAUACACACUCAACUACUAGGCUUCCCACCACAGACCUCUCCAUCCCACAUUAAGAUCGGGGACAAAGUGAGGGUGAAGUCUACCGUCACGACACCGAAGUACAAGUGGGGCUCUGUCACUCACAGAAGUGUAGGAGUGGUCAAGGCUUUCAGUGCCAAUGGGAAGGAUGUGAUCCUGGACUUCACUCAGCAGUCUCACUGGACCGGGCUGCUGUCUGAGAUGGAGCUGGUACCCAGUGUUCACCCGGGAGUCCGCUGUGAUGGCUGUCAGAUGUUCCCCAUCAACGGCCCCCGGUUCAAAUGUAGACACUGUGACGACUUUGACUUCUGCGAGAGGUGCUUUAAAACACGCCAACACAACACCAGGCACUCUUUUGUACGUGUCAACGAACCAGGCCAGUCUCCAGCGUUCUGUGGGCGCUCAGGGAAGCAGGUGAAGCAUCACCACGGCAACCAGAGGGGCAUGCUGGUAGAUGAGUGGUCCAGAGCCGUGAAAAGCCUCAAUGUGUCGUCGUCUGUCAACCAGGCAUCACGCCUCAUCGACUGCAGUGAGCUCUGCUGGCAGUCCUCUGGCUCACAGGGAAAGCACUGGAUCCGUCUGGAGCUGUUACCUGAUGUCCUGGUCCACAGGCUGAAGAUGACGGUGGACCCUGCAGACAGCAGCUAUAUGCCGUCUCUGGUGGUGGUCUCAGGUGGCAGUUCCCUGAACAACCUGGUGGAGCUGAAGACUAUCAACAUCAACCCCACAGACACCACUGUUCCUCUGCUCAACGACUGCAAUGAGUACCACAGGUACAUAGAGAUAGCCAUCAAGCAGUGCCGCAGCUCUGGUAUCGACUGUAAGAUCCACGGCCUGGGUAUCGUGGGACGGAUCAGAGCAGAGGAUGAGGACCUGGCCACCGUGCCGUUCCUGGCUUCAGACAACGAGGAAGAGGAUGAUGAGAAGACGCCUACUGGGAGUUUGGCCCGUAAGAAGUUGUCAGGUCUGGAGUCGAAUGCCACCAUCCGGACCAAGGUGUUUGUCUGGGGACUCAAUGACAAAGACCAGCUGGGAGGACUGAAGGGGUCCAAGAUCAAGGUCCCGUCCUUCUCUGAAACCCUCUCAGCCCUCAACGUGGUGCAGGUGGCCGGCGGCUCCAAGAGUCUGUUUGCCGUGACGGCCGAGGGGAAGGUUUAUUCGUGUGGGGAGGCCACUAACGGGCGUCUGGGCCUGGGUCUGUCCAGCGGUACCAUCCCUAUCCCCCGCCAGAUCACUGCUCUCAGUAACUACGUAGUGAAGAAGGUUGCGGUGCAUUCUGGGGGACGCCACGCCAUGGCCCUCACCGUCGAUGGGAAGGUGUUCUCCUGGGGAGAGGGAGACGACGGGAAACUGGGACACUUCAGCAGGAUGAACUGUGACAAGCCGCGCCUCAUCGAGGCCCUGAAGACCAAGAGGAUCCGGGACAUCGCCUGUGGCUCGUCCCACAGUGCUGCCAUCACCUCCAGUGGAGAACUGUACAGCUGGGGCCUGGGGGAGUACGGACGGCUGGGACACGGAGACAACACCACGCAGCUACGACCCAAACUGGUGAAGGUGCUCCUGGGUCAUCGUGUGGUCCAGGUGGCUUGUGGGAGUAGAGAUGCUCAAACUCUAGCCCUGACAGAUGAAGGUCUCGUGUUCUCCUGGGGCGAUGGGGACUUUGGGAAGCUGGGUCGUGGGGGCAGCGAGGGCUGUAAUAUCCCUCAGAACAUUGAGAGGCUGUAUGGGCAGGGAGUCUGUCAGAUAGAGUGUGGGGCUCAGUUCUCCCUGGCUCUCACCAAGUCUGGAGUGGUCUGGACAUGGGGUAAAGGGGACUACUUCCGUCUGGGCCACGGGACAGACGUCCAUGUGCGUAAGCCUCAGAUGGUGGAGGGGCUGAGGGGGAAGAAGAUCAUCCACGUGGCUGUGGGGGCGCUGCACUGCCUGGCUGUCACCGAGACUGGACAGGUGUUUGCGUGGGGGGACAACGACCAUGGCCAGCAGGGUAACGGGACCACCACGGUGAACAGGAAGCCCACCCUGGUUCAGGGUUUAGAGGGACAGAAGAUCACCCGUGUUGCCUGUGGCUCUUCCCACAGCGUCGCCUGGACCACCGUAGAUGUCACCACCCCCUCUGUCCACGAGCCUGUCCUCUUCCAGACCGCCAGGGACUCUCUAGGGGCAUCAUACUUAGGCGUCCAGUCAGACAGUGACUCCUCGGCGGUGAACAAUAAGAUGAGUGGCCACAGUAAUGGAGUUCGACCCAACCGCCCCUCUCUGGCUAAAAUACUACUGUCUCUGGAUGGGAACCAGGCCAAGCAACAGGCCCUGUCCCAUGUCCUCUCAGCCCUACAGAUCAUGUAUGCCAGGGAUGCUGUGGUUGGUGCCCUGAUGCCAGCUUGUAUGAUGGUCCCCAUGGAGUGCCCCCCCCCUGACUCCUCCUCAGCAUCCAGCCCCUCUGAGUCAGAGGGACCCCCUGUUCCCACAGAGGUGGAGGAGAGGGUCAGCCCUAACCCCUGGCAGACAGACAAGAAUGGAGAGGUGACCUCCUCAGAGGAUGCUGUCACCCCCUCGUCAGCUGUGACCCCGUCUACUGCUGCUUCCUCUCGACCUUUCAUCCCGGUCACGGACGACCCCGGAGCCGCUAGCAUCAUCGCAGAGACCAUGACCAAAACUAAAGAGGACUCAGAGUGUCAGAAUAAGACCGGGGCUCCAGAACCUCAGUACCUGGACGAGUUCACCAGUCUGCUGGUACCUGAUGAUACCAGGGUGAUGGUGGACCUGCUGAAGCUGGCGGUGUCUGUUCGCUCUGGGGAGAAGGGCAAGGAGGUGCUGUCUGCUGUGCUGUCUGGGAUGGGGACUGCCUACCCACAGGUUGCGGACAUGCUUCUGGAGCUGUGUGUCACUGAGUUAGAAGACGUGGCCACAGACUCUCAGAGCGGCCGUCUGUCCUCUCAGCCUGUGGUGGUGGAGAGCAGUCAUCCCUAUACAGACGAUACCUCUACCAGCGGCUCCGUCAAGAUACCUGGUGCGGAGGGACUGAGGGUGGAGUUUGACCGGCAGUGUUCUGCAGAAAGACGUCAUGACCCUCUCACCAUCAUGGAUGGAGCCAAUAGGAUCAUCUCAGUCCGAUCAGGUCGUGAGUGGUCGGACUGGUCCAGUGAGUUGAGGAUCCCAGCUGAUGAGCUGAAGUGGAAGUUUACCAGCGAUGGAUCUGUCAACGGAUGGGGUUGGCGCUUCACUGUCUACCCUAUCAUGCCUGCUGCUGGGCCCAAAGACCUCCUGUCUGACCGCUGCAUCCUGUCCUGUCCCUCCAUGGACCUGGUGACCUGCCUCCUGGACUUCAGGCUCAACUUGGCCUCCAACAGGCGUAUCGUACCCCGCCUGGCUGCCUCCCUGGCUGCCUGCGCUCAGCUCAGUGCCCUGGCAGCAGGACAUCGUAUGUGGGCUCUGCAGAGGCUCCGUAAGCUGCUGACCACAGAGUACGGCCAGUCCAUCAACAUCACCAGGUUGCUUGGGGACAGUGAAGGAGAGUCUCGCUCCAUGAGUUUUACAGGCAGUGCGCUGGCCGCCCUGGUGAAGGGUCUUCCCGAGGCUCUCCAGAGGCAGUAUGAAUACGAGGACCCCAUCGUCAGGGGAGGAAAGCAGCUGCUGCACAGCCCCUUCUUCAAGGUGCUGGUGGCUCUAGCCUGCGACCUGGAGUUGGACACCCUACCCUGCUGUGCUGAGACCCAUAAGUGGGCGUGGUUCCGCCGGUACUGUACUGCAUCCAGAGUGGCUGUCGCUCUUGACAAGAGGACUCCUCAGCCACGCCCCUUCCUGGAUGAGGUGACGAAGAAGAUCCGUGAGUUGAUGGCUGACUGUGAGGUGAUGAACGUCCUCCACGAGAGCCAUGACCUGUUUAAGAGAGAGCAGGACGAGCAGCUUGUCCAAUGGAUGAACAGGAGACCUGACGACUGGACGCUGUCUGCAGGAGGCUCCGGGACCAUCUACGGCUGGGGUCACAACCACCGGGGUCAGCUAGGGGGCAUUGAGGGGGCAAAGGUCAAGGUCCCCACCCCCACAGAGGCCCUGGCGACUCUGAGACCUGUUCAGCUGAUAGGAGGGGAGCAAACCCUGUUCGCUGUCACUGCUGAUGGAAAGUUGUAUGCUACAGGGUACGGUGCGGGGGGCCGGCUGGGUAUUGGAGGAACAGAGUCUGUGUCCACCCCCACUCUGCUGGAGUCCAUCCAGCAUGUGUUCAUCAGGAAGGUGGCGGUGAACAGCGGAGGGAAACACUGUCUCGCCCUGUCCUCUGAGGGAGAGGUCUACUCUUGGGGAGAGGCUGAGGACGGAAAACUGGGACACGGCAACAGGAGCCCGUGUGACCGUCCCCGCGUGAUAGAGUCCCUACGGGGGGUGGAGGUGGUGGAUGUGGCUGCUGGAGGGGCCCACAGUGCCUGCAUCACGGCCAGCGGAGAGCUCUACACCUGGGGCAAGGGACGCUACGGACGCCUGGGGCAUGGAGACUCCGAGGACCAACUCAAACCCAAACUGGUGGAUGCUCUGCAGGGCCACAGGGUGAUAGAUGUGGCGUGUGGUAGUGGUGACGCCCAAACUCUUUGUCUAACUGACGAUGACAUGGUCUGGUCCUGGGGCGAUGGAGACUAUGGCAAGCUUGGGCGUGGCGGCAGCGACGGUUGCAAGGUCCCCAUGAAGAUUGAUUCUCUGACUGGACUGGGAGUGGUGAAGGUUGACUGUGGCUCCCAGUUCUCUGUCUCUCUCACCAAGUCUGGAGCAGUUUACACCUGGGGUAAAGGUGACUACCACCGGCUGGGUCACGGUUCUGAUGACCAUGUACGGCGACCCAGACAGGUCCAGGGCCUGCAGGGGAAGAAGGUCAUUGCCAUAGCAACGGGGUCACUCCACUGUGUCUGCUGCACUGAGGAUGGAGAAGUGUACACGUGGGGUGAUAAUGACGAGGGCCAGCUGGGAGACGGGACCACGAACGCCAUCCAGAGGCCUCGUCUUGUCGCUGCGUUGCAGGGGAAGAAGAUCAACAGGGUGGCCUGUGGCUCUGCCCACACACUGGCCUGGUCCACCUCCAAACCUUCCAAUGGAGGGAAACUUCCUGGUCAGGUGCCCAUGGAAUACAACCACCUCCAGGAGAUUCCCAUCAUGUCUCUGAGGAACAGACUGCUACUGCUGCACCACAUAUCGGAGCUCUUCUGUCCCUGUAUCCCCAUGUUUGAUCUGGAGGGCCGGCUGGGGCAGACCGCACACGGACCUGCCCUAGGGUUUAACACUCUACGGGGCAUACUCAUCUCACAGGGCAAGGAAGCAGCGUUCCGGAAGGUCGUCCAGGCCACCAUGGUGAGAGACAGACAGCAUGGACCUGUGGUGGAACUCAACAGGAUACAGGUCAAGCGGUCCCGUAGUAAAGGAGGUUUGGCAGGUCCAGACGGGACCAAGUCAGUGUUUGGUCAGAUGUGUGCCAAAAUGAGCUCCUUCAGCCCAGACAGCCUGCUGCUGCCUCACCGCGUCUGGAAGGUCAAGUUUGUGGGUGAGUCUGUGGAUGACUGUGGUGGGGGCUACAGUGAGUCCAUAGCAGAGAUGUGUGAGGAGCUCCAGAACGGUCUGACCCCUCUCCUCAUCGUGACCCCUAAUGGACGAGACGAGUCGGGAGCGAACAGAGACUGUUUCCUGCUCAACCCUGCAGCCAAGUCAGCUCUGCAUAUGAACAUGUUCAGAUUCUUAGGAGUGCUCCUGGGCAUAGCCAUCCGUACCGGAUCCCCUCUCAGUCUCAACCUGGCUGAACCUGUCUGGAAACAGCUGGCUGGGAUGAACCUCACCAUCGCAGACCUGAGUGAGGUGGAUAAAGACUUUAUACCUGGCCUGAUGUACAUCAGAGACAACGAGGCCUCGGCUGAAGAGUUUGAGGGCAUGACUCUCCCCUUCACAGUGCCGAACGCCAGCGGACAGGACAUCCAGCUCAGCUCUAAAUACUCCCACAUCACCCUGGAGAACAGGGCCGAGUAUGUCCGCCUCGCCAUCAACUACAGGCUCCAUGAGUUUGAUGAGCAGGUGUCAGCUGUGAGGGAAGGGAUGGCUCGGGUCGUACCUGUCCCUCUGCUCUCCCUCUUCACAGGAUAUGAGCUAGAGACAAUGGUGUGCGGCAGUCCAGACAUCCCCCUCCACCUGUUGAAGUCAGUAGCCACCUAUAAAGGUGUUGAGCCAACCUCUCCUCUCAUCCACUGGUUCUGGGAGGUCAUGGAGUCCUUCUCCAACACAGAGAGAUCUCUGUUCCUGCGCUUCGUCUGGGGACGGACACGCCUCCCACGCACCAUCGCUGACUUCAGAGGACGAGACUUCGUUGUCCAGGUGCUGGAUAAAUACAACCCUCCGGACCACUUCCUACCAGAGUCCUACACCUGUUUCUUUCUCCUCAAGCUGCCCAGGUAUUCCUGUAAGCAGGUGCUGGAGGAGAAGCUGAAAUAUGCCAUCCACUUCUGUAAGAGUAUUGAUACAGACGACUACGCUCGAAUCGCUCUGACCGGAGAACCCGCCGCGGACAACAGCUCUGAAGACUCGGACAAUGAGGACGCAGACUCCUUCGCCUCCGACUCCACGCAGGACUACCUGACAGGCCACUGACCUCUGACCCCUGAUCCAGCUUCUCUGACUCCACGCAGGACUACCUGACAGGCCACUGACCCCUAACCUCUAACUCCUAAACAGCUUCUCCGACUCCACGCAGGACUACCUGACAGGCCACUGACCCCUGACCUCUAACCCCUGAUCCAGCUUCUCUGACUCCACUCUGGACUACCUAACAGGCCACUGACCCUUAAAACUCCUGACCUAUGACCCCUGACUCCAGGAGCCUAAGGGUGAGCAGGAAGGGCCCAUAUUAAAAGCUCAGCUGUAAAGACUAAACUGAAAGUUGUGUCUGUGUUAGUUAAUCACUUAUGAAUACAUCAUUACAUACCUGCAUUCUACUAAAAAUAUAUAAUGUUCAAUGUGCUUUAAGAGAAGAAGAGACAGACAGUGGAAUCCCAAAUGGCACCCUAAUCCCUAUCUAGCAGCUCCCGGGUCCAGUACACUACAUAGGGAAUAGGUUACCAUUUGGGAGACACAGGAAGUGAGAGUUGAGAUGCUGCACAUGUAAAUGUUGUUGUGUAUCUGAAGUGGUGUACGUUACAGCUGUAGGUGUUACGGAGAACAGGGUGUUUCAUCUAUAGAACAGCCCCCAUUCAAAUCAAUGAUGGUGUAAUGGCUGGGCUGACUGGCGGUCCUGUCUAUAGAUUCUAUAUCUACGGUCCCAGCACUGUGCUACAACUGUGACUACUUACAGAACCUGUCUGUCCCUAGUUUGUUGUACAGUAAAACCAUGUGACAAAAUGAGUAGUAUUAUUUAGUUAUUGCUUUGGGUAACAGUAGUGUUUCUUUAUAAGAACAUUUUUAACAAAACAAUUGUUUUACAAUUGACGUUGUGUCAAUCAGAAGAGAAGAGAGCCAAGUGAAGGGUGACUUUUUAAAGUGCGUUCCAAAUGGCACAACAUUCACUAAAUAGUGCACUACUAUACCAUAGGGCACUGAUCAAAUGUAGUGCACUACUAUACCAUAGGGCACUGGUCAAAUGUAGUGCACUACUAUACCAUAGGGCACUGGUCAAAUGUAGUGCACUACUAUACCAUAGGGCACUGGUCAAAUGUAGUGCACUACUAUACCAUAGGGCACUGGUCAAAUGUAGUGCACUACUAUACCAUAGGGCACUGGUCAAAUGUAGUGCACUACUAUACCAUAGGGCACUGGUCAAAUGUAGUGCACUACUAUACCAUAGGGCACUGGUCAAAUGUAGUGCACUACUAUACCAUAGGGCACUGGUCAAAUGUAGUGCACUACUAUACCAUAGGGCACUGGUCAAAUGUAGUGCACUACUAUACCAUAGGGCACUGGUCAAAUGUAGUGCACUACUAUACCAUAGGGCACUGGUCAAAUGUAGUGCACUACUAUACCAUAGGGCUGCCAUUUUACGCAUCUUUGACGGUGUCCUGACUCCCUACCCCUCCUGACGGUGUCCUGACUCCCUACCCCUCCGGGUCUCCCUACCCCCCCUGACGGUGUCCUGUCUCCCUACCCCUCCUGACGGUGUCCUGUCUCCCUACCCCUCCUGACGGUGUCCUGACUCCCUACCCCUCCUGACGUUGUCCUGUCUCCCUACCCCUCCUGACGGUGUCCUGACUCCCUACCCCUCCUGACGGUGUCCUGACUCCCUACUUCUCCGGGUCUCCCUACCCCUCCUGACGGUGUCCUGUCUCCCUACCCCUCCUGACGGUGUCCUGUCUCCCUACCCCUCCUGACGGUGUCCUGUCUCCCUACCCCUCCUGACGGUGUCCUGACUCCCCUACCUCCCCUGACGGUGUCCUGACUCCCCUACCCCUCCGGGUCUCCCUACCCCUCCUGACGGUGUCCUGACUCCCUACCCCUCCGGGUCUCCCUACCCCUCCUGACGGUGUCCUGACUCCCUACCCCUCCGGGUCUCCCUACCCCUCCUGACGGUGUCCUGACUCCCUACCCCUCCGGGUCUCCCUACCCCUCCUGACGGUGUCCUGUCUCCCUACCCCUCCUGACGGUGUCCUGUCUCCCUACCCCUCCUGACGGUGUCCUGACUCCCUA